CAGAGAAAAGGGAGUGCUCUGGGAGGGCCUGCCAAUCAAGGACCUGGGACCUGAGCAGGAAGACACUAAAAGUCAGGCAAGAGUGCAGGGACAGGCGGGUGAGCAACAUGGACACCUCCAGUUCCUCCCAAAUUCUGUUUACUACCUUUGUCCUAAGAUACCAAGCAUAAUCUGACAGCUGCUGCUGAAGGGUACAGCUUAAAGCCUGGAGACCUGAGUGCCCACACUGACUGGGACCAGCUUACCAAAGGACCUCGGUGGCCCUUUCUUCUCAUCUGGAAAGUGAGAGGUAGAAUUUGAAAGCUCUGAGGAUCUCUUGAGCUCUGGCAGGCUGUGGACUGCCCCAGUCUUAGGGGCCAGGCCAGUGUGGUAGAGGACUGAGAGGGGCGCUUGCAACCACGGUAGACCCUCAUCUGGGCCUUCUCCAACUUCCAGCUGAUGUUGGCUCAGGUUUUCGUUACUGUGCUUUGUUUUGGUUUGGGAUUUUUUUGUUUUGUUUGGUUAGUUGGUUUCUGGAUUUUGUUUGUUUGUUUGUUUCGUUUUGUUUCAUUUGGUUCCCCUGCCCCCAAGACAGUUUUUCUCUGUGCAGCUCUGCAUGUCCUGGAACUCACUCUGUAGAGCAGGCUGGCCACAAACUCAGAGAUCCGCCUGCCUCUGCCUCCUGAGUGCACCACCACCACCUGGCUUGUUAUUUAUUUAUUUUUUAUUGUGCUAAAAAUAGAUAGAACCCAAAACCUCAAGCUGCUAGGCAAGUGCUCUGCCACUGAACUACAUCUCAACAUGUCACAUUCUUGUCUCAGGUGUCAUUUAGCACCAUGGAUAGAUAGCAGGAUAUUUGAAUGUGAUGUUUAGUAGGUAGCCUCUCCUCUAUAACCAGAGCUGGACGCCACAGAUGUGCUGAGAUUGGGAUUCAGCUCUGCUUCUAUGGGGUCCAGUCCCUAUUGUUUCAGGGACUGGGAGAUUCUCUAGCUCAGAAUUCACUCUGCAGCUGGCCACAUGAGGAGAAGGCAUUCACAGGAUACUACUGGGAGACUGACAUGGACAUACCCCUAGUCUGCCACCAAGCACAGCUUAGGUGCCCCCACUGGUGGGACACCCCUUGAACAAAUGGAUCUUGUUCUUGGGCUGGGGAUGUAGCUCCAUUGGUGGAGUGCCUCCCUAGUAUGCACAAGGCCCUGGAUUUGACCCCAGAACAACAUAAACUGGGUAUGGUGGCUAUGCCUGUUAUUCUAGGGCUUUGGAGGUGGAGGCUGGAGGAUCAGAAGUUUAAGGUUGCUUCUGGGAGGCAUGAGAUUAUGUUUUAAGAAAAAGAAAAAGGUUGCUUUUUAAUCCCGUUACUUUGCAAUCACUAAAAGGCGAAUAGGAUAGGCAACAGGACUGAGGGUAGUAGUUUUUAGACAGAAUGGCUGAUCAGGGCAGAGUCCUGUCCAAGCUCUCAGUGGGAAGAGAGCCCAGCUGCACACAUGUCACACUGGGCCACUCCUGAGCUGGCCUCACCCCCUCGAAGUGCUCUACCCUAGAGAGAUGUCAGCAGAGACUGCUCCCCGAAGAAACCUCAGCUCCCCAUCCCAGGUGAGACUGCACUGAGGCUUCAGGCUAGGAGGGGCCUGAAAGCUGAUAUCUAGGAAGGCGUGGCUCUAAAACACUGGCCAUAAAAGCCUGGAGAGCCGGCACCAGUUUGGAGACCAGCAGGAGGCACUGGGAGUCCACAGCCUGUUUCUGCUGGACUGGUGAGCUGCUAGAGCGGGAGAGCAGGUGGAGCUGGGGAGGGUAGGAGGGUUAUGAGCCAGGGCCUUGUUGGCCAGAGCUGCACAUGGAGAGGGAAGAGGUUUGUACCCCAGAUGGGAUGGGACAUUCCAGGGAAAACCUGCACAGAAGGAUGACAAGUCCCAUCCAGAAAUGGCUACUCAUACCGUUUCAGAGUAGCCCAGACAGAGCGGCACACACUCCCAACAUUCCUGCCAAAGACAGGAUAGACCUCACCAGUCAGAAGACCCAGCAGCCUGGCCUCCCCCUCCCACCCGCUCUAUUUCAGAUGCCCAUGGCACCACGUGUCCUGCUCCUCUGCCUGCUGGUCCUGGCAGUCAGUGAAGGCCAUUGUCGGGAGGCAGCCAUCCCAGGCUGCCACUUGCACCCCUUCAAUGUGACGGUGCGAAGUGACCGCCAUGGCACCUGCCAGGGCUCCCAUGUGGCACAGGCCUGUGUAGGACACUGUGAGUCCAGUGCCUUCCCUUCCCGGUACUCCGUGCUGGUGGCCAGUGGCUAUCGACACAAUAUCACCUCUGUCUCUCAGUGCUGCACCAUUAGUAGCCUAAAAAAGGUGAAGGUGUGGCUGAACUGCGUGGGGAGCCAGCGGGGGGAGAUUGAGAUCUUCACUGCCAGGGCCUGCCGCUGUGAUAUGUGCCGUCUCUCCCGUUACUAGUCCCUGGAUGGCCCAGGCUCCGGUCCUGCCACUGAUUUGCUGUGGGCGAAUCUCUCAAACGAGGGGCUGCUUCAGCUCUGACCCUCUUUAGAGCCAGCGAAGAUGGGCUUUCCCCCCUUUUACCCGGCCUUGAGGGCAGUCUCUCUGCCAUGCUGUCCUUCCCGCCUGUCCUCAAUAAAGCAGGCAAGGCUUGA